AUGUGCACAAUAAAAAAUAUUUUUGACAUCUACAUUCUUUCAGUACUAAUUAAUGCUAAGAAGCGUACUAGCACUUGCACUAUGGCUGAUGCGAGUGCUACUCCUAUGAUAAUAAACACUACAUCUGAGAAUGGACCAGAGCCCUGUGAUGAGAAGAAUUUUCUGAAUGCCAUUGCUGAUCUAAAAGUGGAGAAAGUCCGUGAUCUUGCCCUGCAGCUUGGUGUUGAUACACCUUACUUGAAUGACAUUCAGAGCACAGACAAGGAGGAGAGGAAGAUGAAACUGACUCAAGUGUUAUUCUCACAGAAACGACCUACCUGGGAGACGAUCAUAGAUGCUCUGGAAUCUGAAUGCAUGAAUGAGAAUCACAUUGUCCGAAAAAUUAAGCGAUUUUAUUUUCUCAAGAGCACUUCCAUUGAUAUCGAUAGGCCAAAAUCACCACUAACACCAGUUUCUCUGCAACCAUUUCAAGACAAAGAUUUCCCCGAAUGUGAAGAGAAGGAUGUUCUCAAUGCUGUUACUAGGCUUGCUGAUAAGAAGGUGUCAAGCUUAGCAGUCCAGCUAGGCAUUGACAAGCCUCAAUUAGACGGCAUUAGUAGCUGCUCUACGGAAACGAGGAAGUCCAAACUGGCGGAACUGUGGUUUAGGCACGCUAAAGACAAGCCCCCAACUUGGGCAUCUUUGUUGAAUGCAUUGAAGGCUCCCAGUAUGCAAGAGGACUGGUUAGCUGACUAUAUCCGAAAGAAAUACGUUGAGAGAGAGAGAGAAGUAAUUUCCAUGAACACAGACAACGAGGAUUCUUUUCAGUUCCAGUUCCCCCAGCAGCAACUAGAUCUAGAAGGACCGAUACUUGAACUGCAAGAUACAGCUGCUGAUGAACGAACACCAAUGGAAACGGCAGGCUCUGCUCCCGUUGUAGAUGUCUCUGAGCUCAAAGACAAAUUACAAGCAUGUGCCAACGAACAGAAUAGAGCACAAAUCAAGGAAUCCUUUGAGAAUCUACUCAAUAAAAUUGUCGAGGAAUUAAAGAGUCACAAUAUUCGUCCUAGUGAAGUUAAAGAUCAUCUCCAAAAGUUUAUUGACGGUCGCCCUAGUUUUCUCCGCACUAAAGGUCGACGAUUACAAAUCAAUAAUCUUUUUAAGGAAAUUAGCAGAAGUAAGUUAUGGAGUUUCGACAAUUAUGGUCUUGUUCAACAUGUCACUGGCAUCAAGGGGGCUGUUCAAUCAAAAGCCAGAAUGCGUACUUGGUUGCAAAAAUACAAGAAGGAGUAUAAUGCAUAUAGUGUUUCAGAAAAGCUAGCUGCAAUCAUUCCGUAUCAUUUUGAAUUCGACAACGAUUUAGAUCGAUAUCCUACUCAUCUCAAACAAGAGCUCAUAGUACAUGUUAAAUAUAUGGUUAUCGAUGAUGACUCACUGAAGUACAUUGAUGAUCUAUGGGAAGUAAUCGUAGAGAGUUUCAAGAUCCCCUCUAUGACAGCUCUACUAAAAAGCAUUGUACACAAUUGCUUGAUAAUCACAUGGCUAAUAGAACCGAGUUGGGCUUGCUGCAUACUGAGUGAAAUAUUUGAUUCGAUUUCGUUUUUCACAAAACAUUUGAUAACCAAAGUGUUGCUUGGAGACGUUUGUAUUUAUGAUGAGCACAGUGGAAUUAUUGGGGACAACAAAGUUCUGGGUACUUUGUGGCUAAGGCAGGCAAGCUUGAGUGGUCGAAUUCAAAAAUUUAAGGAAGUACUUGCUCAGCCAAUGAUAGACAUUAAUACAGUCCUCUCUUCCGAUGGAGCCACACCUCUCACCAUUGCCUCCAUGUGUGGUCAUGUGGAACUAGUGGAGUUCCUCCUGAGCAAUGGGGCUGACUCAAGCGUUAAACUGGCCAAUGGACAAACGGUGCUGCACCUGGCCGCACUUGAGGACUACCCAGAUGUGGUGGAAUUACUUCACACACACAACCGUGAGCUAGCUGGAGAACGUGAUCAGAAUGACUACUCAGCGUUGAUGGAGGCAGCUGCUCAUGACCAUGUUGAUGUCAUUCUUGUACUAGUGUCCCAGCAGGAUGAUCUAGGAGACACAGAAAUCCCUACCUUGAAUGAGGCUUUCCAUCUUGCUUUGAUAAAAGGGCACACUGACUCUGUCGAGAUUCUUCAGAAACACGGAGCCAACACUUUGAACACUGCUGAGGUUUGUGUACAUAUAUGUAUGUAGAUAAUAACCAUGGUAACAGGAGGGGGAAAGUCCACUGGUAGUAGUAGCUGGUGCUGAGCACAAAGAUGAAGUGGAGAGUACUAUCUCGGAUAAGUUACUGGCAGAAUGUCGCAGUGAGACAGCUGACAUUGAAGUGGUGAG